CAAAUGUCAAAACUGUAUUUUGAAGAAUUUUGAAAUCGAAAAAUAAAAAAUUCUUUUUUACAAAAUAACUAAAAAAUGUUAUCUCGGCAUUACAUUAAAAUUGCUGGUGCUUCAAGAACAAUACUGCACAAUAGUCUGAGGCUAAAUAGGAAAUAUAUACUAGCUCCACGUUUACAUAAUUCGUAUAAUCUAAAUGCGACUAGAUCAAUAACUGUGAAUGCUCAACAUAGGUUUGCAGAAAAGAAUGUAGAAAUUCGACAUUCACCUAAAAUAGCACAAGAAGAAGAUUCAUUACAUGGAAACAGAGUUAAGAAACCGGCGUUGUCUUCUCAAGAAGUACUUGAAAAAUAUGUUGCCGCGCUUAACACAGACCUAUACCAGAAGAACAGAGUAUAUAAGAAUGACUUACAAAGAGUACUGGCUAAAGUGAAGGAGUAUAACUUUUCGACUAAGAAACAAGGCUUGCUUCUGAUCCGAUGCUGCGGGGAAUUACUGCCUGAUGAGACGGCUUUGUGUCGAAUGCAGAUGGUGGAACAGGUGUGGAAUACCAUAAAGCCUCAUACACAAUUUGGAGUAGAGCAUUACAAUGAGCUGCUGAAGGUGUACAUAGCUAACAACAGGACUAUAACAGUUAGCAACUUUAUCAGCCAGAUGGCACCUGCAAAGCCUACCACCACUACUUAUGAGCUAAUACUUAGAGCUCUUGGGGAGGCAGGUGACCUGAACCAAUCAACAGAAGUGAUUUCCAACAUGAAGGCACAAGGACUGCCAGCCACUGAAAGUAUAUUCAAUUCCCUCAUCAUUUGUCAAGGAAAGGCAGGGAAUGUCCACAACAUACAAGAAGUAAUGACAAUGAUGCGGUCACUGAACGUUGACCCCUCAAUAGACACAUACACGGCCACAACCAGAGCCCUUGCUUGGAACAAGAAGACUGAUGCUUUAUUAGAUGAAAUGGAAAAAGCUAAGAAGAACGGCUUACAAUUUACUGAGGCACAUAUCAUGGAGAUUGUGAAGACUUUAGCUUGGGUUGCAUUGUAUCAGCCAAUACCUAAGGUUCUAAGCUAUCUUCCACAAGAAAUACUGAAGACACCGUCAAUUACACCAUUAAUGCAAAGUACUUCCACACUUCUGGUGUUCCAAAACCAUCCGCUAGCUGCUUUGGAAAUAUACAAAUGCUUGCCGUUGCCUUCAUUUGGGCCUAAAGAUGAUCAGGGAUUGCAUGGAAGAAGUUUGGUGCGAGAUUGUGUUAAAGCCUCUAUGCCAUCAAGCAUAAUAGGCCUCAUAACUCAAGAACUCAUGUCAUCAGGCCGUAAUCCGAUAGCGUUACAAAACGCCUGCGAAGCCGCGUUACAGCAGGCCAAAGUACCCCUCGCAUUAGAUCUCAUGACUAGGAUGAAACAACUUGGAAUUACUCUAAGAUCGCAUUACUUCUGGCCGAUAUUGCUGCAUAAUUCUAAGACUUAUGGGGAGAAAGGAAUAAUGAACACCCUAACAACGAUGGUACAAAUGGACGUCAAACCUGACUACGACACUAUAAUGGACUACACGCUACCGUACGUCAGUUUCACUUCACCGCAGAACUUGAUGAAGAAAUUCCUGGAAACGGGACUGUCGGUUACCACUGUGUUGACUCCUAUGAUGCAGACGUUACUGAAUACUGGACAGGUUAGGGCGGCUAGUGAGUUGUGCGAAUUAUUCAAAGGCAAAGUCGAUGCAGAGAAGCUAAUGAAACCUUUAUUGAAAGGCUAUCUAAUAAGUGCAGACAUUACCUCAACGAUACAUACAUUAGAAGACAUUACUGACAAGUCUAUUGAGCAAAAUAAAGACUGGGUGGGGAGAUUCCUUUGCAAGUUCAUGCAGCAUCCCAAGAUAAAGACUGAUCUGACUGAUGUUACUAAUUUGUUGAAGGGCCUACAGAAAUCCACGAUAAAGAUGUCAACUGUAGCCGCCGACUAUUGCCUUGCCCGUGUCCCGGAGAAAUACGACCAGGACGCCAUAGAUAACUUCCGUGAUUUAAUCAUAGCGAUUACUGACGAAAGGCUUGUGGACGACGGCGAUGUUUUCGACCAGCAGUUACCGCACCCGAAACACAUGAGCGAAGAAAACCUCCGUGCCCACUUGGCCGAGCUCGAAGCUAAAGGCAUGAACACACGCGGCACAUUACGGAGGUUGUUACAACAGUACUGCAGAGAGGGGAAUUUGCAGGCCGCUAGAGAAAUUGCUGAGAGGUGCCAGAAAGAAGGGGUAUUUCUAUCAGCUGGCAUGAAAGCGGCUAUAUUCGAUCUUCACGUUAAACUUGGAGAACUUGAUAUGGCUGAAGUUGCCUUAGCGGAUCUCAACAAAUCGUCUCCUAACUUCACGCUUGACGAGUAUAAGAUCAUCGACUUUGCAACGCUUAUGGUGUAUCGGAAGAAGAUCAAUCAGGCUUUUGAUUUAAUUAAUGAGCAGUCUAAGAAGAGGAACAUAAAAGGCGGUCGCAGCAUAGCAAUGAAUUGUUGGCGGCUACUCGACGCGACGGCCGCACAGGGGUCUCACGUAGAAGUGCGGAAGAUGUUCGAUCUGCUUAUAGAGAAUAAGUACUGCAAGCCUAGUAACAUCAUGUUGGGGCCGCUGAUUAGGGUGCAUUUGAAGAAUGACAACGUACAAGAAGCAGUCAACGAAUUUGUAUCCCUAGCUAACAAAUAUAACAAAACUCCAUUAAAACACGAGCUUCUAUGCAAACUCCUGCAUCUUAUGGGUGACGGACAGACAGAAGAGAAAUUUUUGAACAAUGAGAAGACUAACGGAAGACUGAACAAAUUAGUGCAGAUCGUACUUAAUAUCGAUAAGAAGGUGCAUGGCCCGGGAGAUGUUCAGUUGACAAUAAUAGGAGCAUUAGCAGAAGUCGGUUACAAGAAGACUCUUCGCAAAUUAUUCUUAGACCCCACAGUGAAAUUUCAUCCCGACGCCAUCUUACGUCGCUGUGAACGAUUCGCCGAUGAGAAGAAAAUCAAGGCUUUAGAAUCGAUAGCGGAAUGCGCUAAGGAUUUGCGCAGUAUCGAUAUUAGAGACAUUUAUGAUUUGAUGCUAGAUGUUUUGCAACGUGAUGAUAACUACGCCGAAGCUUUAGCCCUAUUUGGAAGAAUGCAGGAUGCGGACGUGCCGCCAUCGCAGAAAUUCGUAAAGAAUCUAGUAUCUAUGGCCAAAGCGAAUAACAAAGAUGUGCCACCAGAAUUGUCUAUGCUACUCGAUAAAGAGAAAAAGAUUGUUCAGACAUAACACUAGUUAUUUUUUAAAUAUUUGUACAGUUUUUGAAGUAUCUUGUUGUGAAACGUAAAUAUUUUAGUGUGAAAGUGGGCCAGUGGUAUCCAUCUUCUCUUGGUGACAAACAGUGGAUUUCCAUAUCAUAUCUAUUCCAUGGUUUGAGAUACGAGAUUAAAAUUUAGAGUUGUUGUUGUUGAGGGAGUCAUAAAGUUAUGGAUGGAUAAGAUAUAGAAACCGGAGUAAGCAUAUUGAGCACGGGUACGUUUUAUUCUUUGCCCGCAAAACGGAUGUCGCAUACAUCGGUAUGAAUAUCAUGUGACAUCAUAUCUUUGUAUAGGCGUUCUGUAUCCAAUGUAUGUAGCAUUUUUUUCGCUGUUUGUGUACGGAGCAGUUCUUUGGAUGUUCUUUUAUUAUUUAAAAGUGUUACUGUAUUAGUAGAUUUGUUAGGCACAAUAUAAAUGUAUAAUGGACUGUACUACUACCUCCCAUUUCAGUGUUUUACGUACAAAAUCUAAGAGGUAUUAUUAUUUUUGCUUUUUUUGUUAUUCCUGGACAUGUACAAGUCAAAAGAUACUUUAGUUCUUGCUCUUACGGUCUAUACACAGUGUGUGACACAUUAAAAUCAAGCUAAAAGCCAGUUCCUAAAACUUGCCUGGAAAUGCGAUACUUUAGAACUGAUAAAAAAAACAUCACAAAGUAAUAUAAAACGGAGGAAAACAUGAAUUUAUUAAUUUGUGAUAAAAUUAAAUAUUUUUUUUAGUUGUGUAACAUCGCUUUGUCUAAUAGUUUUAUCGAUAUCGAUAUUUUUAUCGACGUGAUCGCUACUCCAGUAAUUGUUAUUUUGAAAUCUAUCAAGCUAUCUUUAAAUUUAUUCUUGUUUAAAAUGUAAUUCAGUUUAUGUUUGGAUGUGUAUAAUGUUUAAAUUUGAACUCUGUUGCCUCUGUGGAUAGUCGAUAUUAUCUAUUGUAGUGACCCUAGUCGUAGUGUUAAUACAAUUCUGCUCUUUGGAGUAAUAACAUUUUUUAGUUAGUAAGUAAAUUGUCUAGUUAUUAUUUUACAAUAUUUUGAAAUUCAACUGUGAUAUUAAAUUAUUGAAGUAAUAAACUUUUAGACUUA